AUGGCCCUUGCUCUGCGCCUCUUCCUCCUGCUCCUCCUGGUCGUGGCCCUGCCUGCCAGGGCGGCCCAGGCUGCUCCGCUGCAAGCGCGGGGAGCAGAUGAGCACAGGAAGGCUUCUCCAGCAGCUUGGCUCCAUGAAGAUUUCCAGCCUCUUAAGCUUCCUGCAGGGAAGACUUUCCAGGCUCCUCUCCUGGUUGCUGCUCACAAGCGCGGCUCCCAUCGCACGGCUGCUGCCACUGCCACUGCCAAGGCCUGGCCCUGCCUGGGGCUGGCUUUAGAGCUGCUGGCAGCUCCAGGGAGUCCUUUCUCCCGGGACUGCCCCGCAAGGGGCUCCUUCCAUCCCAGUGUGGGGCCACUGCAGGCACGAGGUCCCCCUGCCCCUGCUCCGGAGUGGAAGGCAGAGCUGAGCAAGUGCCUUGGAGGGCACCAAUCACCCAGGUGCACUCACUGCCACUGGGGCCUGAAGGAGAAUCUUCAGCAGUGUCACAGGAGCUCUUCUGUCCCGCCUUUCUUUGCAGAUGAACCUGAUGAUGACGGUGAUCCUGAUGAUGAAGAUGAUCCUGUUGAUGAAGUUGAUCUGGAUUCCCAGCCCAUAUCCAUUACUGAGCCUCUGGGAGAUGCUGAGAGUGUGUCUGCAGGGAGGACUUUCCCAGGUCCUUUGGUGGAUGUUGCACGCAAGCCCAGCUCCCAUCGCAGGGCUCCCCUGAGAAGGAAGAACAAACCAAUAGGAGCUAGUAAGUCCCUGGCGGAAUCCAAACAUCCGGAACAAAAACGGAGUGAUGUGGACAGCCAGCGUGGUGCAGCCGCCACCUCAACAGGUGCUGACAACAUCGGGGAAAGCAGGAGAAGAGUUUUCUGCUGGGGAACACCUUGUUUGAUUAAGCUGAUGGCCCUUGUGGCUGGUGCAGCACUGUGUCUGAUGAUUUGCUAUGCAGGGAUCUGGUAUUGCUGGAAGAGAAAAUGGUGAGAGUUUUGUA